GCCUGCUCGGUGCUGUUUGGCGCGAAGGACCAAAAGUAGACCAGAAAUGGAGCUAGGAAAUUGGGGUUCGUUCGGGCUUACGGAAGGUAUCAACGAGGUGGGCCUCGGCGACCACGGGGGCCUUUUGUGGCUCUGCGGCUUCGCUCAUUGUGGCGGGGUGGUUUAUGUGUGUGUGUGUGUGUGUGUGUGUGUGUGUUGUGUGCGUUUAUGAAGCGAUGCGGGGUACUUUGUGCACGCUUCUAGAGGUCGAGACGAGAUUCGAGAGAGGUUCCGCUGUCGCUGCAGAGGUUGGGAGAAAUCGUGCGACGGUGGUCUGUCUCUGCCGUCCUCGUCGUAAGAGAAGCGGUCCUGCUCGUGCAGUUAUGAUGACAGGUCGCGCGCAAGCUGGGAUUGGAACUGGCGCAACUCUCCACAACUCAAGAGUCGAGUCGCGUGGUGUCCUUGAUAAGCGUUGCUGCAAAGCGGGUAGCGGCAGCAGAGAAUAAGAGUCGACGUCCCAAUAGGUGGUCCCUUGAAUCCGGUUCUCGUUUUGUUUGCUUUUAUGCGUCUGCAGCUGGGAGAGGAGAUGCCCUGGAAGUGUAGGAGCAAUCGGAGUUGGGUUGUGGAAGUGAAGUGAAGAGAAGAGGAGUG